ACUGCAACAUAACCCAAUUUUAUUUCUUAAUCGUGUUCUUGAUUUGUUGUUAUUAUUAUGUUGAUUGCCAUCCAGUCCGCAGCGGACACUAAAAAAAGACAAAUCUGUAGUUUUAGCAGCCAGCAUGUUCCUUUGCUCUAAUACUUGCGCAUAAAUGUAAGGCCGUAAUCGUUGACAGUGCGUGCCACUCUUAAAAAAAAGAUUCUUAAGCGAUUAUGCUAUAUUUGUUUUCGAUUGAUCGAUUGGGUAUUGGCAAAGAAAGAAAAUUGACUGUUUACAGCUGCGGUAACCUGUGCACGCUUGUCACGGCCUAGAUUUGUUUUCCGAUGAGACGCUUCUAUGUGUUCCCCAGUUUUGAUUGACCUCGAGCCCGUUGUGACAUCAGCAGGUGGGAUUCCGUCUGCUUGCGAAAGGCUGAACGGAGUGUUAGUCUGUCGCAGGUGUAGAACAGCAGGACAGGCUCAUCCCACUGGAGCAACACCUCCAAUAUAAAGGCUCGUUCACUCACUUGCAUUUGAGUGCGACUACAACCACUUCGGCCUCGUUAAGACUGCUUGCAUCGAGCUGUUGCUAUGGCAGCAGUUAUGACGAACCAAUGGGAAGGUGCUGUGCUGCACGACGCAACGCAGCGGAACAUAGUCGACGCGCAAGUAUGAACCAGCCUUGACUAAAGAGGUGAAUGGAGGACACGGAUUGGACAAUCAGUAAGGACACGAGUCUUAGCCGAACGCCUAUGAUGUGUCCAAUCCUGGCCCUGCAUUUGCCUCUUUAGGGUAUGUUGAAAAUUCAGCCCUCCUGCCUAGUUGUCUAGGGGCUGUUGGCUGGAGAGGAGAAAACCUCCAAUCGUAGUGAUCAGAGGGCAGCAUAGAAUAGGCUUGUCCUGCUGUUCUAAACCUGCAAUAGACCGUUGGCGAGGAAGUCUGACUAUAUAUAUAGGGGAUGGUCCGUCUAGCCUGUUUUCCUUGGAGAUCGGUGUUUACCCGACAUGAGGCCUGUAGACUUGGUUCUUUGCGUUGUCUCCCUGGAUGGAGUGCGGGGUAGAGUGUGACGUAGAAAGUGCCCGCAGUAAUGGCCGAUUCACAUGACAAACUGAUCCGCAGACGGAUUGGUCACGUGGCGGCGCUUCUACGGUUGGUCCGUCACCUAGGCGCAUCCAGACGAAGGAGGAGAUGACAAGCAGACGACAUUAAGGAUGGCUCGAACCUGUUUGCGGUCCCAAAAUGCCUCGAAACUCCAAUGUCGCACUGUGGCAUUGUUGUCUAAGAGGGAAACCGAAUUUCACAUCUGCGAUAAAGAAUUGUGCACCGCUGUUACGGACAAAGUGAAACUGAACACUGUAAUAGGUUCAGCACAAGGUGCCACAAGCUUUACUAACCCAAGGCAUGACUGACACAGACAUGGUCUUGCUGAAAAGGCUUUGGCAUAGAGGUGAAGAGGUCCUGGGCUCGCGGAGGAGCGUCUAGAGAUGCCUUCGCGCGUUUUGCGCUCGCCCACAACACUUGAGUACGCUACAGCCACAAGAAAAGUCUUGCUGGGUGAAAGGCUGAUUGGACGUGCAAAAGAGAUUGCCGCAUGCUAGACGAAUUUUGACAGAAGCUUCUUGACGUGGACCCGGAGGAGUACAGGAACCUGUGUCGCGUCAGCUGUGCAAAGAUUCUGUGGCCUCUUUCAUGCGUCGAACCAAGAAUUGCGGGACAAAAUGAACCAGCGAAUGCACAAAACACAAUGAUGUGUCGUCUUUGUUUUAAUUAUCCAGACGAGACAACAAAGAAACCUUUGUACUGUCACCAGACUAAACGCUUUUCAAGUCAAUCGUCCGCCUAAAGUCCGCAAGUGAAGAGGCGCAUGUCUGCUGAUGAGGCGUGGAUCGCAGGAAUCAAUGACGUGACGGUUAUGUACACGGUCAGUUCAUAGAGACGAAAGUAGCGGUGUGGUUUGUCGUGUGAGUCGGCCAUAAACAGAGUGAUGUUGGCGGGACUUCGGAAGCCGGAUCUUUGUUUAAAGGAGACGUCCAAGAAUGGGAGCUUGAUCCCCUUUAUCCUUUGUGCUGAGCAGGUGCCGAACACAUGCAUGCUGCAUUGUUCACGUAGGCCGGAGUAGCUACAAAAGAGCUCCUUCUCGGGCGAGGGGAGAAUUCGAGCCCCAGUCGAACGCUGACGGAGUGUUCGGCUACGUCGGCCGAGCACCGCGUCAUUGUUGUUCUUGUCCUCGUGGGAUUAGUUUUAAUAUUAGCCACUCGGGCCGCAGCGGUUGGGUCUCUUCCCCGAUAGUAGGUAGUUUUUGCGUCCCAAUAACAAUACUCGAUGACGACACGAAGAGUGUGCGGAGGCUGUGGCAGAAUUUCGGGUAGUGUCGUUGGAAUGCCAAAAAGGACGCAGUAAAACAUCCUACCGUGUGCUGGGGCUAGCUACUAGGACGGGGCGCUUGCUAAGCUCUUUGUGGUUGCAGUCUGCUUCCAGUGUAUUUCCCAUGUUGUUUAGAUUGUCUUCCUCAGUCAAGAAUUCCUUAUCGUAUUCGCUAUCAGUACCAUGACAUCGUAAGGGCAAAGCACCUCAAUGCUGAUAUGUAUCUUGGUUGAGGGAUGUAAGUCUCGUCAGUGCACGUGAGUGUUCUGUAUUAGGUGUUGUGUAAUCGUGCAGCCUAUGACUGUUUCUUGUAACAGUUUGAGAAAAAAAAAAGAAUAGUUAUGCAUUCUUGGGAGUUCUCUCGGUAUUAACUCGUCUUGUAUGACCAUUGCUACCCAAGAAACAACUUGAGAUUGGCACCGUCAUACUGUCGACCACAGGCGGAUGACCUGCAUCAUAGAGGGGCUAAGACGCCUCUCUUUCCCAGGAUGCGGAGAGACCGCGGGGCUACCGGUCGCGCUCGCGCUCUCGGUCCCACCACCGUUACUCGGAGGAGGAGGAGGACUGCCCCCCUCGCCACCGCCGGCACCACCGCCACGGGAGGAGGGCCCGCCACAGCCGGUCGAGGAGCCGGGAGCGAGCCGGCGGGAGCCGCCACCGCCACCGUCGCCACAGACACGGGAGCCGAGACCUGGACGAUGGCGGCCGCCGCAGGAGGAGGAGGAGCCACAGCAGGAGCUCGAGCCGUAGCCGCAGCCAAAGCCCGAAGGCGCCCCCGGAGCGGCCGGCGGGAGCCAAGCCGGCCCUGCGUGCUCCGGGAGUGGGCAUUCGGGAGACCGGCACGGUGUUGCCGGAGGCGAUUCCGGCCUCCACCGCCACCAACCCGCAGCAGUUCUUGGUGACCGCGAUGCCCACCACGGCGGCGCCGACGUCCACCGCCUCCGCCGCCCUGGCGACCACCACCAUGCCGCCCGGCGUGUCGCCUGCCCUGGCGGCAGCGCGUGCAGCGGCGGUCCGGUCGGGGCUGAUGCCCGUGGAGGCCCUGGGUGCCCCCGGCCCCGCGGGGCUGCAGCUGGCCCUGACCCAGGCGAGCAGCGGCAGCGCCCUGCCCAGCUACUACAACCCCUCGGCCGUGAACCCCCUCAAGUACGCCGAGCAGAUGCAGAAGCGCCGGCUGCUCUGGAAGAAGUCUGCCGAAGGGGACGCCAACAGUAGCAGCCCGGAGGAGAAGCCGGCGUCCUCGUGCGCCAAGGUGUGGGAGAAGAUGACCUUCGCCCAGGACGAAGGGGGCAAGGUGACGGCCAAGUUCCGCAAGCUGAUGGGCAUCCGCAGCGAGCCCCCCCCAGAUGCAGACCCCAGCUCGGACCCGCUGCUGAGCAAGCAGGAGAAGCUCUUCCACGACCUGGACCAGCAGUACGAGGCGGCACGCCUGUCCACCCACACCCACCGCGGGGUGGGCCUGGGCUACAGCUCGCAGAUGGCCGCCUUCUUCCAGCAAACCAACCUCACCAAGUGAUCCGCAGGAUGCGCUUCCCGAGUUUAAAAAAAGACUUCGCUCCCACGCCCGUCUUGACUCUUGCGCGAGUGCAACCGUCGUCGCAGUAUAAACGUGCAAAUGAAUUGUGCCCCCCCCCCCCUGACUGGCUGGAUGGUGGGGGAGCGUUCGGAAGUUUGAAGGGUACGGAGCUAGAGACGGUUUGAGAUCGAGGAGUAUUUGUUUGUGUCGGGGAAAGUUUCGAUUUGGGGGGCCUCUGUGCGAUCUCGAGUUUGGCACGUCGUGCUGUGUUAAGCUGCGGGCCACCUACGGUCUGUUGCGGGUUGAGAAAGGCGGGAAACGCUGGAGAGAAGUAAACCACCAGUCGUGGCAACUAGAAAGCUUUGUGGGAGGGGCUUUCCGGGCUCUUCUUAACGUGCAACAGACGGUAGGCCGAACAAGUCCAUUUCACCUUGGGUGGUUUGCGGCACCGACUUUGGCUUAACUCCAGCAUAAGCGUGCUGUUCACGGUUGUGUGCUUGCUGUGCAAGAGAUGAGAAAGUGCGGCAACAGUGGUUUGUUUCUGUGCUCCGUACACCGCUAAGCCGUCUGAGCGGAGGAAGCCACGUGCCCGUUGGACCAGUCGUCUGCCGUCGGUCGUUCGCGACGUGAUCGCGCAUCUGCCCGUACCCACGCGCAAAGAGGGGCCGGACGGCAAAAGGCAGACAGCCAAUUGAGGCAACGAGCGUGGAGCUUCUGUCGCGCUCAGUUUUUAGGGGUGAAGGGAGCAUAACAGGUGCCUUUGCUCCUAAACGCGAGAGGGCAAUUGGCCGCAGACGUUUCCUUCGAGUCCUUUAGUACAAGUCCAUUGUUAGCCGCGUGCCACCUUCUGUCUACACAUAGUCUCCCUGUAAAUAGUGGAUUUUGAAAGUUGGCCGGUCGGAUCGGAAUCAUAGUCAUGCAGCAGCAAAUCCAAAUCGGAUCUUUUUGUGCGUGUGUGUGUGUAUGCCAGAGUCGACAUCUCGUGAACCGAGCGAUUUGCCACGGUAUGUGCAUCUAGAAAGUUCUCCAACUACACGUGACUAGUUUCUCGGCUCAAGAUGUCAACCGUCCCAGACCAGAACACGCGUUUCGUUUCUCUAUGUGCGUCUGCCCAUUUUUAAGUUCCUACUCGUGCACCUUUUCUUUUUUGCGUUGACACCCUUUUGUCAAAGGGCGACUUGCCGGCUCUUUUGAAAAGUUGCUCUCUCCUGGCUGUAUUCAUUUAACAUUGGGGUCGUCGCUUUGCCUCGAACACUUUUUAAUCGAGCGAGUACCCUCGCGCACCUCGUGGUUUUCACUGUGCAAUAAAUUGUGGGCAUUGGCUCGUGCCUCUUGUUCACCAUUUUGGGGUUCUCGGUGCUUGGCCACAUAGAGCUGCGUGUGCUCAGAUUGAUGACAACUGCCACUGGUCAUUUUGGAGCACAGACUUUCAUCCCAGAUUGAGCAGAUAACCUGCUCCUUAGAAGCACAUUGUGAGACGGCUGAACAGGAGGAGACGGUCGCAAAUGGUGCAGUGAAUGAGCUCGUCGGGUGCGCUCAUUGGGGAGUACUGGAUUUUUUUGUUGUUACGCGAACCAUUUUACAAAGUUAAUGCAGCAUCUAAUUUACUAGAGGUAGGCAGAACACUCGAUCUCGCUCAUUUUUAGUGGAUAAAGUGCAACCCAUCAAAGGUGUUCUUGUAGUAUUAGUUUUAGUCUCGUUUCGAGUCCUGGCUGAAGUGUCCGCAUUUUGAUUGAGGCUUAUUGCAGAAGAGGUUCAAUUGCGUGUCAAGAGAUUCAAAAUUUACUUAUUUAUACCUUCGGCUUUGAUUCAUUGUGUCUAUGAUCAGCAUGUUUUCAGUUUACUGCUUUUUUCUUUUUUUCCUUUGUACAGGGAAUUUUGUGUAACCAUCUCAAAUGUCUUCUAAAGGGCAGGCAAAGUAGACGCCUCUUUUUCCUGAGAAAUGUGAAUUUUUGUGUGGAAAUCAAACAUGCCAAAGCAACAUUGUUAAAAUUUAAGUUUCAUGUUUGUACAAUUACAUUGUUUAGGUUGGAAUAUGUUCACUUUCAGCUCCAUUGUCAAAAUGUCACUACCAACUUCCAAACGCCUAGUCUACCAAAUUCUUUGCUCUUUAAUGCCUUGUGAUGUCGCUGAAUCCGCACAGGUGCGCGAUUUGUAUGUGCUAAAACAUGUCGAUUACUUCAGUUUUGUGCAGCAACCAGGUCGGCCAUCUCUUACUGCGCUAGUGAUGAUACAAGCACCCAAGUAACAAAUUUACAAGCUUAGCUCACAGUGAACAAGACUUGCAUACAAUAGACUCGUUUGAUUUACCUGCACUUCCUGCACAGGUGCAGGUAAAUCGAGCGAGCCUAUUAAAUGUACCCUAAAGCACUAAGCUAUGGCUAGAGUAUUGACGCUCUCUUCCCCGAUUACUCUGCGGACAAUGCCAUUUCCUGACCCAGUGCAGUGCGGGAACAAUUGACUAUAGUUGCCAUUCGAAAAUGCAGAGGAAAAGUAAAUUGGCUUAGGAGGGAGAGAAGGAGGAAUCAUAGUUUUGAUUUUCGAGGCUAGGUGGUGUAAGCUACUGCCCAUUAUGGCGUUCCUCUGAAACAUAGCUAUCUUAGUGCAUCUAGUUUACCCUUGGUAUUUCCCACGCGUGCAUGUCAAUUUCUUAUUUGGUGCCAAUCUGCACGUUGGUGUUUCGACAGCUACAGUCGUCCAAAGAUUUAACUUCACCAGCCUAACGACGCCUUGCCCUAGUUUGCUGCUCAUUUUCUGAGCUGUGUGGUCGACCAGCCGCUCUAGGUCUGUCCAAAGCCUCGUCCAUGUACGUCUCGUUCAAAAUGGUAGUUCAAAUCCUGCGACUUUCCAGUGUUGUGAUGGAGCCCUUGAAACCGGUAGAUGUCACAUUCACAUUGGAGCUGUCAACUUUCUGCAUGGCUGUGCCUAUAUUUGGUGUCAGUUUGGCAAAGCAAACACUGGAGAAGAGGUGACCUCCUCUUCAGCGUUCACUCUGCUAAAGUGGGAGGAGCUUCUGCUGAAGUUUUGUCGACUUUGUCUUUAUUUACAUUUAAGGUACAAUUUACUUUGUUCCUUUGCGGUAAAUGAAUAAACGGACCUGUAGAAAGAGAACCUACAACAAAUAAGUUUUUUUUUAAUUUUUUUUUUUUUUUAUAUUCAAGAGACAUGCGGCUGGUCGCAGGAGCCCCAGUCAGGGCCCAUCAAGAAGGCAACUUUCUGUGCCAUUUAAGUCCAAACUAUGCACACCUCUGUGCUUGUGACCCUUGAGUGUCGACUGACCAAAGCUGUGCAUCUGCACAUUGUCCUGAAAUGCCACAGAAAGUUGCUACCAAGUGUAGCUGUAUUUCUUCCGUAAUUUUCGCUCUCCCUUUAUUGUGCAUGUGAACAAAAAAUGCUGUUCACUUCUUGCUUCCAGGACAUAAAUAUUUUUUAAUUGGCAGAAAACGAGUGUGCCUCUUUCAGAAUUGCCGCCAGUUCUGAGAAGCCCCAGAGUCCUUGAAAAGCAAAAGUUGGAACUUCUAAGGCCGAGGAUUCGGGCAAGACGCAAGCCUGACUCAAAGAUGCAUCUAAUGUUUGGAUAUAACUGAGCGGUGCUUUCCUUUUUGCACUUGACUCAAAGAUGCAUCUAAUGUUUGGAUAUAACUGAGCGGUGCUUUCCUUUUUGCACUCCCUAUACUGUAGUGUGAACGACCUCUGUGCAAGUGUGUGUGUGCAUGUGCGAGAGUAUAACUUCUUUUCUGUAGCUGCAGCUACAUCAUUUGAAAUGUGCAUAAAAUAAAGUGAGUUGCAACCUAA